GUGGAGCCCUCUGGCGGCGGGAACUGUCACUCACCACUUCCAUCUGGGCUACGGAGAGUCUUCCAACACGCGCAGACGCAGUUGCACACCGGCGGCCGUUCAGACCGGAUGUGGUUGCCACUGAGGUCAGUUCCGGCGGGUGACGGUGCGGACGGGUCAGAAGCGUACAGGCGGCGGCAAAAUGGCGGCGCCUGAGGAGCGGGAUCUAACCCAGGAGCAGACAGAGAAGCUGCUACAGUUUCAGGUAGCAGCGAGCACUCCGUGCGGCAGGUGCCGCCUCGAAAUGGGGGGUGGGCCUCUAGAGGAACCCAGAAUUCUCUUCAGAUUGGGCCCGGCAUCCUUCUCAGACCAGCGGGUGUCUCCCUCCCCCCAGACGCCAACUGCCCCGCUUCUCCGGCCCCUGAGCCUGUGUUUGUCGCCGGCCGUUCAGCCAUCGCUGCGGCCAGAUCCGCCUCUCUCCUGCCCUUUUAUCCUCAAAGGAUCAGCUUCCCUGAUUUUCUUCAGCGGCGCCAGUUCUCAGCCAUCCUUCCCAGCGCGGUUACCGGUCGGACCCUCUCAGCCCAACGAUUCCUCUGUAGAUCCGCCCGAGACGCUUGGUCUCCACCGCAGAGUUGGCUUCAGUUCUGGUCUUUGAAAGCGUCCUACCGGCAGCCCAUGUCAUUUCCACAAACAUUUAUCGAGGGGCUCUUGGGUGCCUGGUCCUAUCUUGUGAGCUCUGGUGGGGGUGGGGACCCCUAAAGACAGGCCUGGCCCCCGCCCUAGAUGUGGGAGGACACCAUGUAAGGAGACAGUGUAACAUUCUAAGUUAUCAUCAGUGGCUUCUGACUGAGUUCAUUAUGCGGGGCUUAUUCCUGGACUACCUGUGUUCGACUGGGCUUGAGGAGGGUGGUAACUUGCAGGGGAUCUACCUCAUUGGAGUGGAUGUUAAGAACAUAUGGCACUGGGCACUUACCUUAGAGCUGUGGAAUCUGGUUGAAGGAGGUUACUAGGAUCUGACUGGCAUAGAAUCUAUGGAUCAAUGUCGCCAUACCUUGGAACAGCAUAACUGGAACAUAGAGGCUGCUGUACAGGACAGAUUGAAUGAGCAAGAGGGUGUACCAAGUGUUUUCAACCCGCCUCCUUCCCGACCCCUGCAGGUUAAUACAGCAGACCACAGGAUCUACAGCUAUGUUGUCUCAAGACCACAACCAAGGGGGCUGCUUGGAUGGGGUUAUUACUUGAUAAUGCUUCCAUUCCGGUUUACCUAUUACACGAUACUUGAUAUAUUUAGGUUUGCUCUUCGUUUUAUACGGCCUGACCCUCGCAGCCGGGUCACGGACCCUGUUGGGGACAUUGUUUCAUUUAUGCACUCUUUUGAAGAGAAAUAUGGGAGGGCACACCCUGUCUUCUACCAGGGAACGUACAGCCAGGCACUUAAUGAUGCCAAGCGGGAGCUUCGCUUUCUUUUAGUUUAUCUUCAUGGUGAUGAUCACCAGGACUCUGAUGAGUUCUGCCGCAACACACUCUGUGCCCCUCAAGUUAUUUCACUCAUUAACACUAGGAUGCUGUUCUGGGCGUGUUCCACAAAUAAACCUGAGGGAUACAGGGUAUCCCAGGCUUUGCGAGAGAACACAUAUCCAUUCCUGGCCAUGAUUAUGCUAAAGGAUCGGAGAAUGACUGUGGUGGGACGGUUAGAAGGCCUCAUUCAACCUGAUGACCUCAUUAACCAACUGACAUUUAUCAUGGAUGCGAACCAGACUUACCUGGUGUCAGAACGCCUGGAAAGAGAAGAAAGAAACCAGACCCAGGUGCUGAGACAGCAGCAGGAUGAGGCAUACCUGGCCUCUCUCAGGGCUGACCAGGAGAAAGAAAGAAAGAAACGGGAGGAGCGGGAACGCAAGCGGCGGAAGGAAGAGGAGGUGCAGCAGCAAAAGUUGGCAGAGGAGAAACGGCGACGGAAUUUACAGGAGGAAAAGGAAAAGAAGUUGGAGUGCCUGCCCCCUGAGCCUUCCCCUGACGACCCUGAAAGUGUCAAGAUCAUUUUCAAAUUACCCAAUGAUUCUCGAGUAGAGAGACGAUUCCACUUUUCACAGUCUCUAACAGUAAUCCACGACUUCUUAUUCUCCUUGAAGGAAAGCCCUGAAAAGUUUCAGAUUGAAGCCAACUUCCCCCGACGGGUGCUGCCCUGUGUCCCCUCAGAGGAAUGGCCCAACCCCCCUACACUGCAGGAGGCCGGACUCAGCCACACAGAAGUUCUCUUCGUUCAGGACCUAACAGAUGAAUGACACUUUUUCUUCCUCUCCCCUCCCAUUCCAAUCCCUAAAAGAAAUGGAAAAAAAAAAAAAAGAGAGAGAGAGAAAUUCAUAUUAUUAUUAUUAUAAUACAAUAUUUUUUUUAAAAGACUGCUGCAUCCUAAGGAAGGAUCAGAAACCAUGCUGCCUGCAAGAGUCACAGCCUGUGUGUGUGUGAGGGAGGUUAGCAACGAACGGACCAGCUCGGCAAGCCCCCUUCCCUCCUGUCUGCAUCACGCACCUGCCACCAAAAGGAGACUUUUCACUGGCCACCCACCCAUUGUCAGGACUGGGGAAGGGGACAUUCCCACCAAUUUUCAUUCAUUCUUGUGUUUAUGGAAAAUAAAAAUGAAAAACCUCCAUGAACCAGCUACUACAGCAACUCCUGAGGACUUGCUUCUCCUGCUUCUGGGGAAGAAAGGAAGAGAAGGGACAAAACAAAGGUGUUCCUUGAACUUCCCACAAUUUAUGAGUAACUUUCAAUUUUUUUGUGUUGCUUUAUAAUGACCAAAGGAAUGAGGCUGACAUAGGUUUUUUGUUUUGGGGGGUUUUUUUCCCUUAAUUUUAUUUGAUAAAUAGUUAAUUCCUAAACCCACGAGUUCAUGCCCCUGGCUCCUUGGCCUCCAGGAAUGUAAUAAAGGUGCCUGGGCUGGUUUGUGUUU